AUGCCUCACUCCUAUGGUAUCCGUGCUCGCACCCGCCACAUGUUCGCCCGUAACUUCAGGGAGCAUGGUUUGCCCAUCAAGCUGACCACCUACUUGAAGACCUACAAGGUCGGUGAUAUCGUUGACAUCAAGGCCAACGGUGCCAUCCACAAGGGUAUGCCCCACAAGUUCUACCACGGACGCACUGGUAUCAUCUACAACGUGACCAAGUCCGCUGUUGGUAUCAUCAUCAACAAGAAGGUCGGCAACCGUUUCCUCGAGAAGCGCGUCAACAUCCGCGUCGAGCACAUCAAGCACUCCAAGUGCCGUGAUGACUUCUUGCGCCGCGUCAAGGAGAACGCCGCCGCCAAGUUGCAGGCCAAGACCGAUGGUGUCAAGGUUAACUUGAAGAGACAGCCCGCCAUGCCCCGUGAGGCUCGCUUCGUCACCAUCAAGCACAACAUCCCCACCACCCUCAACCCCAUCCCCUACGACACCCUUGUCUAA